GGCAUCAGAACUGUAGCGUCCCACCUUCGUAUUUAAAAAUUUGUUUUAAAUUAAGUUGUAUGUGAGACGAUUUAAACAUGGCAAGAGAUGGGGAAAACUCAUUGGAUGAAUUGGACGACAUUUUAAACGCCACCGAAACCGAUGAUGAUAGACUGGCUGCGUUUUUGAAGAUAAAAGCCGCUAGGCCGCAGUCCAAGCCCAAUGCACUUUUUGCACUGGACAACUUGGAAGUUUCGAUUGACCCCGACAUAGAAUUGGUCAAAUUGCCCUCAAAACCACAGCAGCAAAAACAAAAUUCUGCGAAGAAUAAAAAUUUUGCAGUCCCGUCGCAGCCACAACUAGAAGAGAAAACAUCGCCAUUACGUGAGAAUGUACCGCGACAUCGUUCACUUAGCACUUCACCAGUUUUAGCUCCCAGAUCGCCGGGUGCAGCCUCGAGGCGCAGUGGUGGCGUGCCUGGCUCUGACCGGUUACGCCGUGCGGCUAUUGGGCGACGCUCGUUAUCUUGUGGCCAACGUAAUUUAACGUUGGAGUUUAAUAAUUUGAGAGAUUCUCAGUUUCUGCCGACUGUGAGUAGCACGCCGUCUAUGGACAGAAACAAAGAUGAAUGUCAGCAAGGGGAAGAGCAAUCGUUUACUGUAUUAAAAACAUCACAAAAAGAAGCUGACGCAUUGGCGAAUUAUGAGAAAUUACAAAACAGCUUUGAAAUAAUUGUCACGCAGCUGGACCGGUCCAAAAUUUCAAGAACACCAAUAACACCAGUGCAAGCAAAACACAAUGAAAACGAUAGUCAGCCUUUCUGUUUUCAACCUCGCGUGCGUUUAAAGCGCACGCCAUUAAGAAUUAAUCAGCAAAUUUUGGCGCCUGAAACACCCAAGCAAAUAAUGUCACAAUCAGUGCCACAAACGGAGGAACUUGUGCCCGAGACACAGCCAGAAGAUGAGCAGCAGGUUAAAGUUACGCCUACGAGAGAAGCGCGGGCGCUUGCAAUACAGAAGUCUGGGCCAGAAGCAGAAGAAUUUAUUCCCGAGACACAGACAAAAGUUGUGCAGCAAGAUAAAGUAACGCCUGUCAAACCAGCGCAAGCAACAAACACCGCAAAAUCAACUGCAGAACUUGUUAGUCGUAGCAUACAGACCACUAAAAACUCAAACCAUGCAAUAAUGAUUGAUCUUACCCUAGACGACAACGAUGGUGAUGAUAAGUGGGAGAGCAGUACAGUAGCAUUGGAUUUGGCUCCUGUGGGUGGCAACACAACAAGACAACGUCGUGUGCGCCAGCAUAUGCAGCGUAUAGAAGACUCUGACGAUGACGAUGACAAAGAACAAUUGCUCGACUUGCAUCGUACGGGUUUGAGAGAAACUUGCAAUCAAGGGAAAAAGCUUUCGGCAAAAAUACCGCUCAAUAAGCCCUCAAUGGCAGCCAUCAAUGGUGAAAAGUUCGCCGAAGAGCUGACGCGUAUGAGUAACUAUGAGAUUCUAGAUUUACGCAAACGUAAUUCCCUAGGUUUGCUACUUGAAUUAAAUCAUGAGAAGUUCGAAGUGGAGCAAAGCAUACAAUGGGAAAUAUUGCGUCGUAAUCUAAAAGGGGAUGCUGCUGGCCUACCCCCAACUCUAAGAACACUGACUGUUAGUGAAACUACGACAACUACUAGAAAUGAGUCAAUAAUACAAUCAACGCCUGCGCCACCACCAGAUGGCUAUAGAGACAGUUUAGUAGUCGCAGAUCCAGCUUCGCACACAACAGUACAGCUGCAGAGCUCACCUCCAGCUGGUUUUAAGGAUACUUUAGUACAUGAUGAAGUGAUAUCACAAGACUUUCCAACGAAAAUGCAAAAACCGGCAAAGCUGCGUAACUCACGGUCUAAAAGUCGAGGCGUACCCAUGACAGAGGAGCUCAAGUCGUACAUCGAAUUAUCUGAGACCAUAGAUCAUCGUGUACGCUCAAAAUCAGGCAGUAACGGGCAAAAGCGCUCCUUGUACACAAAAGGCAACUCAGAUGGCGAGGAAUCUCCGUCACCAGAAAAAAAAGCACGCCCCAGUCGUAUACAAAUAAUGUCAUCUCCACAAAAACAAAAUGAGGAAGAAAACAUACGAAUUUUAUCACCUCCUCCACCGGUCUUACACAGCAGCAGGGAUAUCGAAGACAUACGCAUUGUAUCACCUCCGCCAGCUUCUGUACGCUACUCACAAUCUUCACCUCAGAUGGAAACAACGCAACACAUAGAACGGGUUGAGACUCUAACGGUACUGCAAAUUAAUGAGCCGCCGAGUAACGAAAUUGAUGAGCGCACGGCACCUACUACGUAUAUGGAAGAGUUGCGCGUGCAAUCACCUACACCUCAAAUGCCGUCAUUGGCACCAUCAGCUGUAGAGCAAAGUACUUCAGACGACCAGCCCAGCACAAGUCGUGCCGCACGUAAAGCGCUGCAGUUGAGUCUGAGUAUGAAAAUCGCUGAAAAGCAAAGUAAGCGGGAAAAGCAAAGACAUAAAAGCGAUGAUACAUUCAAAAAGCCUACUGGCCCAGCACCGCGUUCGAAGAGUAGAAUGAAAAAUGAGUUGAGAAGACUACAGAAUACCUUAGUGAACCGACGGCAGUUGGAGCAACCUAAAGAGACAGAAUUAACUGCUGAUCAUGAAACAACUGAUAUCCGUCGAUCUAAACGCGGACAAGUACCACUCCGUAAUGAUUUUUGCCACACGUUUGCCGAUCCCUUUAAUUAUAUGUUCGGAUCUAAUGGAAGUCUUGGAUCAUCAAUCAGCAGUCGUAAAAGUCGUCCAGUUGUAAAUAAACCUGAGGCUGUGAACAAUAAACAGUCAAUUUUCAGCAGCACACCCCGCACUGAUGUGCCGAGCGACACCAGCACAAAUCUGAAGCGCAAGCGUGAACAGCAGGAUCCCCAGUCAAAGCAUUUGAAUAUAGUAAACAAUUUUUCUGGUAUGUCAGGAAUAUCGGAGCUGAGCCAAAUAGCAGAGGAAAUGGAGCAUCAGGAAGAGAAAGAAAUUGAUCAGCCGAAAUUACAAAAGGCGCAUUCAGGCAAAACAAACGAAGAUAAGAAAAGAAAGAAAGAAAAGAAAAAAAAAAUUGUCUUACCUGAGCCGCCAAUGAAAUAUUCCUUUAUUGAGCCUGGACCAGUAGCUGAAGCAGAAAUAGAACCAGAACCAGAAAAAGAAGCAGAAAUCGAAGUUGAAAUACAGCCAGAAAUAGAAUCUGAACCUGUUCCAGUAACAAUAACAAGCCAAAAUACGGUUGAUCAGGCGUAUUCGUGGUUGGAUCAUGUGCGAGGCGUUACCGACAUGCCAACGAGUUCAAACGCGGAUAUGCCAAAUCCAAGCAAUGAAUCGAUGCUCAUCUCUACCGUGCAGCAAUUGGAGUUUUCUAAUGUGGAUGGCAUUGACUAUGGAUUUUAUACAACGGAGGAUAAAUGUUGUAUAGGAUAUAUACGCUUUAAGCCGCUGCAAGAACGUGGAGUUAAGCGCAAUAAAACGCAUACUUUGCGAUUUGUGGCAAUGUACGGAGAAUUUGACAUUAUCAUAAUAAAUGGCAAAACGAGCGAAUCGCAAACUCACCAACUAUAUUGUGGAGACUUAAUAGAGAUAUUUGCUGGAACACGUUUUAACAUUAUAAACCGUUUAAAUACAAACAGUUUAAUAAUGGUUAAUCGCAAAUAAUUGAUGACAGAACGUUGACGGUUCGAUUUAUUUUCUUAUAUUUUACAUACAUAUACU